AAACCCUCGAAGGAAUGGCGACCCUUGUCUCCCUUAAUCAAUCCACCUGCCUCCAACAUUCAUCACGUAUGCCUCUCAAGCUUACUUCUCCUUCUCUAAUGGUGUUCAAGGGUUGGUCACGCCAAUCUAAUAUGUUAAGUUCUAAACCAAAAGGCUUAACAUAUGGAAAAACUUGUUCAAAAAUCUUGUCUGUAAUGAAUAUGAAUGCAGCACAACCAGACAAAGAUGGAAAGUCAAAUAUUGACCUUGUAAUAGAUAAGGCAAGAAAAUUGUGGGAUAAUUCUCCGCAAGAAGUCAAGAGUUUUCCCUGGACCAGAGCCUUGGAGAAUUUUACACAACUUAUUAUUGACAUUAUAUUGGUAGUCACCCAAUACUUGUAUGUACCUGUAAUGGCAAUUACUUCUGUUAGUGAGAUGUCAUAUUGUGCUCAUGAAAGGAAGCUAUUCAUAACCCCUCUCCCAUUACUUAUCGGUGUUGCUGUAGCUGGGUUGUUGAGAAGCAGAGCCUUGAAGUUAUCUCCAUUUCUCAAGGAUGCAAAAGUUCCUUGGCAUUUGUAUGCCAACAUGCUUUUUUUCACGUUGAUCAAAUUGCCAGGCCCAUACUAUCCAUAUUGGGGACGCAUUUUGAUUCCACACUUUGCCAAUGGAGGGUUAUUUAGGACUCUGUGGUUUCUGUUUUUAUGGUACAGGAUGCCUAGGAAGGAUGUGCACACCUGAUCUUGGACAUAAGGUGUAAGUUUAUGGUGUCGAAUAUUUCGAACAGAUCAUCUAAAUCAUAUUCCGUCCGAUGAGCACUUUUAAGGCCAAAGUCGGUGUUUUUGGAGGGUGGAUGUUGAAAAUGCAGUGGCAAACCGGGAGGCGAAAGCAUAUGUGGCAGUAAAGACACAUUUUUGUUACAUUAUUAGUAUAGGGAAGGCAGGCAGGCAGGAUAAAUGAUUUUUGUUUCCUUGUUGUUUAGUAAAGGAUAAUUGUUUGAUUGAGGUUAUGGCUAAUCAGUCACUCUCUGCUCU